UUCUUGUAUUUCUAAGCGCUGGUAACUUCUGUCAUCUGUUGUGAAGAGUAGGAGUUACAUGAGUAAUUUUUGUCAACGGCGUAAAGAUGCCACGAGGUAUGUUGGAAUUUCGUUGCAGACAAUGACUAAAUAAGCAAAUCGCUCUCCUGCCACCUAUUGGGAGCAGUUAUAACUGUUCCUUGCGGCAUAAAUAUUAAUGUUGUAAUCAGUUUGUAUUUAUAUUCUUUCGGUUUCGCUCAGGAUAGUGGCGACUUGAAAAAAGUCUCGAAGAAACAUGCAUUAUAGUUCAAAGUGUAAAUAGCGCAAGGAAUAUAGUGAAAUGUGCAAUUUUAGGGGACUGCUUUCCCGACCGUACAUAGCAACUUAUUCGAACUCUUCUGAAGGUUAUAUUUACUGUCAGUAGAUGGUGAUAGAGGAAAUGAUUUUAAUAAUAUUAGUAUUGUAUUUGCCAAGUUUCUGUUAUUUACUCUCGUGUAAGAAAGAACUGGAAUUCUGUGUGCUUGCAGAUAAUUUGUUAAUAAUAUCUCAACAUAUGCGAUAUAUUUAAAUUAAUCGAACUUGGCCGUAUUUCGACGAGACCGAGAAGCGUUUUCAUUGACAAAUGCGCAAGAGGGAAGCGCACAGUGUCAAUUGUUGAAAUGGUUUUAAUUUGCUGUUAUGGAAACAAAAUUAAAUGACUCUGGCAGGAUGCACCGGACUUCAGGCCGCAACAGCUAUGAUGGGAAGAUUGCAGGUUUGUAUGACCUGGAGGAAACAUUGGGUCGAGGACACUUUGCUGUUGUGAAACUUGCUCGCCAUGUUUUUACCGGAGAGAAGGUUGCUGUAAAAGUUAUUGAUAAGAGCAAGUUAGAUGAGAUCUCCAGGGCUCAUCUCUUCCAGGAGGUAAGGUGUAUGAAACUAGUCCAGCAUCCAAAUGUUGUACGUUUGUAUGAGGUUAUAGACACCCAGACAAAACUUUACCUUAUCUUGGAGCUCGGUGAUGGCGGAGAUCUCUAUGACUACAUCAUGCGACAUGAUGGGGGUCUCGGAGAAGAAGUUGCACGAGAAUACUUCCGUCAGAUUGUACGUGCUAUUUCUUAUUGCCAUCGGCUUCACGUUGUGCACCGCGACCUAAAACCAGAGAAUGUUGUUUUCUUUGAACGUCUUGGCAUGGUAAAACUCACAGACUUUGGGUUCAGUAACCGUUUCAACCCUGGCCAAAAACUGGAGACAUCUUGUGGUUCUCUGGCAUAUUCAGCACCUGAAAUACUUCUGGGGGACUCAUAUGAUGCACCCGCCGUUGAUAUUUGGUCCCUGGGUGUGAUCCUGUACAUGCUGGUCUGUGGACAGGCUCCAUUUCAGGAAGCUAAUGACAGCGAAACACUGACCAUGAUUAUGGACUGCAAGUACACAAUACCUAUCCAUGUAUCAGAUGCAUGCAAAAGACUGAUUGCUCGGAUGCUUGUACGAGAACCAGAGAGGCGGGCCUCUCUAGAAGAGAUUGCAGCAGACCCUUGGCUGGGGGAAGAUUUGAACACACAGCCAACAGACUUCCUUCCUCUAGUCUCUCGUGAACAUGUCUCAGAAGAGGACCAUGCCCUCAUCAUCCAGAAGAUGGUGAAUGGAAACAUUGCCACCAAGGAGGAGAUUCUUGAUGCGCUGGAUAAGAAUGAAUACAAUCACAUCACAGCCACUUAUUUCUUAUUGGCUGAGAGAAAGCUGCGGCUGCACCGCCAAGAGCAGGCUCAGGCACAGCAGAGGCUGAGGUUAGGUCAUUGUCUGCCAGAACUCUCACAAAUGACAGGAAAACCAUACACAAAGGUCGACUCUAACCAGCAGCAGGAUUGUCCUUCUGCAGUUAAUGAGACCUUGCUGAGUGUCAGGACACCAGGGGAUGUUCCUCAGAAUUAUCGGGCACGCAAGUGCAGCAUUGUCCAGGAAGAAGAGGAUGAAGAUGAUAUGAGCAGCUCAGGGCGUGAAGAACUCACUGCUCCACACAACUCGCUGAAUCGUCGUGGAUCACGUUCAGAGGGAAAGCUGAAUAUCGCAUUACAAGAACGGCUAGCAGAGUCAGAGCGACGCAAGGAGAAGGCUGUGGCAACUUCGGUAGGCCAGAAGGCCACAACUCAGGCUACCACUGGGUCCCCAGGUGUUCUCAGGGUGGCUGCUAGAGAUGAUACAAGUUCUUCAACUAUACCAUCUUGGUCCCCUCCGGCAAGAAAGACCUCUGGCAGCAUUUUGGAUUUCAGACCCAAAUCUGCAGUGGAGUCUACAUCAAAAGCAAAUGUUCCUGCAGCUUACAUUCCUGGCAGUAACAAGUGGAAAAUCACUCCAAAGCAGCCCAAACCCAUGUUAAAGCCCCCCUCACUGCCAAGUGUGAGGGUCUCUUGUGUAUCCAGUACAUCCAUCAUCACAGAGUCUUCCACUAUAUCUAUACCUGUCCACACACUGUCUGAGCCGGGGAUGCCACUCCUUCCAAAAUACAAAACAAUGCCUUCUCCAACUCGACCCAUGCACUCUGUUCUAAGCUCUCCGCAGUUAGCAUUAAAUGAAAUCUUUGAAGAAGGAGACGGUGAUGAAAAUCUAGGGCCACGUCCAAAUUCCAGAGUUGUGGGUCGCCAGCAGGGCCAGGGACGACCUGGAGGUUAUGAACAACGUCGCAGCAAGUUUCACAAGACCAGGACAGCAUCAUGCAGUUCGUCUGAUGCGAGUGAUGAUGACAGCGAGAGUAGGAAGAAGAGGGCUCACAAACUGGGUGAGACUGGAAAGUCAUUGCCACAGCGUAGGGAUUCACAUGAUGACUCUAGUGAUUCACAAGAUCCAGGGGGAAGUGGGGGGACAGGUGGGGGUGUUGGUGGAGGGGGAACACCUGCAGGUGGAACACAAUGUGGGGGCAGGCCCCCAGUUGGCACAGGAGCUGGUGUGUCAGACAGUUCACGGACGUCUGGGGGAAAUGGUAAUGCAGGUAGCAGUGGUAAACGUCAGUGCAGUGAAACAUCUCAACAGCCGUCCCUGAAUCGACGGCACAGGACAGGGAGGCGCAGGGCUGGUGAGACACGGCUCCGUGAAAGUCAGUCCCUGAACAGAAUUACUGAGGUUCAGGAAGCAGAGCAGUCUUGCCACUCAUCUGUUGUGACAUCCCGCUCAACUUCUAGUUCCUCCUCCUCUCCCAGGGUGCGUGGUUUUGGUGCAAGGCUUCUGCAGAGCUGGUCUCUAGCAGGAUCCACAGCCAAAAGAGUGGCAGGUGGUGAGGUUAAGAGCAGCAAUGUGCAGUCUGAUGUGGCCUCUGUGUUGAACAGUACAGCACGACCACAAGCAGUUCCCAGAUCCCCAAAUACUUUGGAAACAAACUGUUGUACUGAAGAGAAAGAAAAUUUCUGUCGUGCAGGUGUUUCAAAGAAAGCUUCUGCCAUGACAGAAAAGCAGAAGAGUGGUGGCAGUAAAAAGGGACGCCUAUUAGGGCGUUACUUUCAAGUACACAAGAAACUUUGCCUCCCGUUGCCAGGCUUAUUCAAUCGUGGACGUUUAUAUAAAGCUCAGUCUUGUGGUUCCAUUGUUCGAGAUCGUGUGGUACCACCAUCUCCGGCUUCAUUGCUGCUGUGCAGUGAUGAUAGAUGGUGUCCCAUAACCUCAGCUGGUGGUACCAAGAUGGCAGUUGCUGAUGAUAAUAGGCACAUGGGAGAAAAUGAACAGUAACUGCAGACAGAGGUUGGCAGCAUUGUUGGAAGGGAAAUAAGGGUUAAGUCAGAGCAUUUAUCAAAGUAAGAAUUACUGAAAGUAUCAGGCUACCACUAAGGAAUGUUAUCAGUCCAUGUUUUAUAUAAAAUUACAAAUUUUAACUAAUUUUAUGUCCAAGAAAUUAUUAAAACAGUAUUUUAAAACAGGCUCAUAUGUCUCCUAUUUAAUUUUUUACAAUGAUUAUACCAUACCUCAUUUGAUACUUAAAAACCUCCGGAGUUGGUGCAGCAUUAUAACACAACAAACCACCUUCAUGUAGCAGCAGAACAUUAAACUGUGAGACUAAGCCUGGUAAGUGUUGUAUCUUUUUUGCUUUCUUACCAGAAUAAUAAAUCUUUUAUGACAAGAACAACUGUGUUGUGUAAUUUGUAGAAUGCUUGUUACAUUGCCAUUCGGGAAAGAAAAUUAAGGUAUGAUUUUUUUUUAUUUCUGAACUUAGUGUCUCAGAAUUCUUUUUACACAAUAUUACUUAAUUUUAAAUCAGCCUUGCCUAUGUUAAUGAGAAACCAUGGCUAUGGCAACUGCUAUAAAUGAUCCAGAUGAGAAAUUCUUAAUGUUAAGGGUCAAAGAACUGAGGGCACAGUAAAAAUUACUCCAUGAGUUCUGUAUGGUCCUGGUCAACCCACUUCAGAGUCCUUGGCAGUCUUGAUUCAAGCUCUGAUUUGCUUCUAGUUUACCUUGCCAACCUGCAGUGAACUAAUUGCUCUUCUAGUCAAGUGGUAGGUAGAGUGGCACAAGGGUGCAUUGCCAUGUUGUGUGGAACUCAUAUGUGAAUGAAAGAACUUCCUCUUCCCUCUGAGUUGUCUUAGAAGCAGAUUAAUAUUUGUCAUUCUAAGAGUGCUAGGUUCCAGUGACCACAGAGAAUUAGGACUGUGUGCAAAUGGUUAGCUAUGUCAUUAUUCAGUUGUGAUGGAGAAAAUAAUUCAUGAAAAUCAUCAUGUAUUUCUUUUAUGAACUUGUUCAUUAUAGUUACCUGUACUUCAUUGUUAAUAUAUAAAAUAUGUACCUCAGAGGUAUACAGUAUUAACUCACAAUCAUGUAAGUUUUUAGGUGAUAUGUUUCCCUAUAUUUUUUUGUCUGAUAGGUGGUUAACACUGACUUCUUUCACCUUAAAUUGUUGAUUUCAUAUGUAGGCAUCAUUGCUUUUUGCACACUAGUAUGAGGUGUAAUCAGAAAGUAAAUUCACAGUGCAGUAUAUUUUAAAGUGGUUAAUUGAAUCUUCAGUAUUGAUAGCACAUUGUUAUAAUUUGUAAAUUAUUUUUCUGUGUGGGUAUCAUUGGAACUGAGGCACAUAUUAUACUGGCAUAUUAGCUUUUCUAUCCCCAGCCCUGUUCUUUCAUUUUACUACAUGUCAUCAAUUGUAAAUCUGUGGCCUCCCAAAUGUAGCUUCAUCUGUUUGCUUGGUGCAACACCUGAGAAGCCAAAACUGAUGAUAAUGUGAAAACAUCAGUGAAAUGUUGGUAGAAAGAAUAUGACACCUACUUUUGUUGAUAGUGUGUUUCAAAAGCUCAUCCUUUAUUGUAACUGUUAAAUAUAGAGAAAAAUUGUUCAUAAGUUUGUAGUAACAUAAAAUCUGUACUGAAAAUACAUUAAUCACUUUGAGAUAUGUAUGCCUUGUGUAAUUACUUUUAGAUGGUAAUUUGUAAUCUUAGGAAUUUGUUAAAUAAGAUUUGAAAUAGAGUUACAGCUGUUAAAUUCCAAAGCACAGAAAUUACCCUAUAAAUUAAACUGAAUUUUGUGCUUGUAAUUAUGGCUUUGACCGAUUGUGACAAAAUUCAGUUAGUAAACCUGGAAUUACAAAUGCUUAAAAUAGGAGUGUAUAAUUCCUCUUUCAUUAAUGCCAUCCAAAACUUGUCAAACUUCUGAUGCAUCACUUUACUGUACAUAACUGUGUGCCUCAUUUCAUACACUUAUUGAACCCAUUGUAUACCUUUCUACUUUGAUACCAAGCACAGGAAGUUGUUAUACUGUGGACUGAUACACUGUAGCUUUCAUGUCUUUGUAAUAUUUUACACUGGUUUACAUUUUAUAGCAUGAAUGUCCUUGCACUGUUCAUCCCAGUAUGAAAUCAUUGUUUUCUUAUCUUUUCAUUUUUUACCAUUCCAGUCACAUUUCAUCUGUUGAAUGUCUGUGUCAACAAGGAUUUGUCAGAACUGGGGUGGUACUUAAUGUUAAGAUAUAUAAGAUGAAAGUUAACAAGUUUCUUAUAUGAAAACACUGAUUACAUUGAUCCACUAUGAUACAUGCAACUCAUUCUGGUGGUACAGAUAAAAAUAACACAGGCAGUGACAGGGAAUACAGAUAUAUCAUUCCUGAACAAUUAAAAUUCAAAAACAAUUUCACAAAAUAUGAAUGGCAGGUUUGUGUAUUCAGAAUAUCUGAAGGAUGUUAGUGAAAUGGUUGAUCUGAUAAGAGAAUCUCAUAUAUGAAAAGCCAUAGCAAACUGACAAAUAAAACAAAACAUGAGUGAACCUCCUUGUCUGUAAAAAUACUUUGCUGGCUAUAGUGGGGUGGGGGGAGGUGUGUGUCAGAAUGUGUUUCAGGACCUGAUGAAGCUCACUAGACCAGGUUUCAAGAUGAAUGUGCAUUUGGUAGAAGCAGGAUAAGAGUACUCUGAUGCAUAAAAUUUAUAUUUAUAUCCAUGAUGCAAGUUACAGAUGUUAAUGUAUGCCCAUGAUUAACUUUACCAGUACACAACUGAUUCUACAUGUCUCUAAUAUUUUAAAUAACCUUAAAGUUCACAAGAUAGCAGUAACAUAUCCUUUAGGGCUGGCAUGAUUAUUCAGUUACUUUCUUCAUUGCUAAUAAUUUUCUUCAGUUCAUUAAGGAUCUCAGAAUUGUGCCACCAGAUUUUUAUCUCCAAAUUAAAGGUAAUUGGUUUGGACUGUUACAUACACCUGCUGUCACUAUGUACUAUAAUUAUAAAUUUUAAUGUCAACAUCAAGGUGUUGACAAUUCUUGUAGUGUUUAAUUGGAAGCAACAAUAAACAGUUUAAGCUUGAGCUAUAAAUGAGCAUAAUUAUUGUUCAUAUUAAAGUUUCACUUUUUUGUUACUAAGUAUAAUAUCCCUAACUAAUUAAUUUACUGAUUAAUCAUGUUGUGUAAAAUAAGUCAUUGUUUAAAAGUAUGAAUCAGUUGCUAGGCUUGUUAUACAUUCUCUUCAAUCACACAGUUUUAUCUGUUUAAGCAGGAUGGAAGUUAGUGACA